AUGAUUGAAAAGCCUCCCACUUCACCGAAUAAGAAAGCCAAAAAGACAAGUGCAUUGAGCUAUGUUUUCCUUGUCUUGUUGGGCAUUUCGGUAUGCAGCUUUCUUCAAAUGAGGGGUCUCUUGCAUGCCUAUGACAGCAUCGGUAGUAAUGAUCAAGAUGCCACACAUCCACAAACUACUUCUGCCAUUGAAUCUUCGCUCCAUGCUUUCAAAUCUGCAGGCAAAAAAGAGCCGGCAGCAAUAGUCGAAGAUCACGAAAGCGUAGCAGUGGAAGAUCCAAUUCCCAAUCCAGAACCGACCAUUGGGUCGGAAUCCUUUUCUGCCUGCUUGUUGGUAAUGGAUGAUAAUCAUCGGCUCGUAGAAUGGAUGGCCUAUCAUUAUCACGUCUUGCCGUUAAGGUACUUGGUCAUUGCCGUGGAUCCCCGAAGCAAAACGUCUCCCACUGCAAUUUUGAAUCGCUGGCGAACCAUGGGAGUCUACGUCGAAGAAUGGGACGAUUUCAAUUUCAUGCGCAAGGACAUUGCCUCCAACAAGAUUGGAGAUGACCAAGACUUGCAAAUCAAACGGGACCGGCAUCGGAUGCGUCAAAAGAACUUUUAUCAAGCAUGUCUCAGAAGAAUGAAGGCACAGAAUCGAACCUACACGACUUUGAUUGAUACCGAUGAAUACAUUACUUACAAUUACAAGGGUGGCGACCAGUUUGAAGCUUGGGAAAAGAAGCGAAAACAAAUUACUCGCAAGAUACCAAUCUACAAGGGAAAGACACGGGUUCUACCAUCCUCCGUUCCGCCUACUACAGGCGAAGAAGGCGCCUUGCUCAAAUUUAUUCGAACGGAACAAAAGGCAGGGACACCCUUUUUCCAAGGGGCUUGUAUCUCGUGUCCACGAUUGCAGUUUGGUUCCAAGGAAUCCAGUGAAGAAGAACGAAAACAUGGAAUCCCAGAAUCAUUGAAAAUCGAUCCCUUUCGACUGGAUACGCUGAGGUUUCGAUUGCAUGCCGAACGACAAGACUUUGUCAAGAAUGGACUCUCCAAGAGUAUUCUGGAUGUUUCGCGAAUAGACAAGUUUCCAAAGAUUCAGUCCUUGCACCGUCCAAUCAAAUCGAUAUGUUCAGCGCCCUGGAAGGAUGAAUGGUCGAGUGCUCUGCGGAUUAAUCAUUACCUGGGGAGCUGGGAAGCUUAUUCCUUCCGUGAUGACUCUAGAAGAGGCGGAGAACGUUCUUUUGAAGGAUGGGCUUUCAAGGCCAAAGAGGGUGACGAUACGGACGACAAUAUUCGUCCAUGGGUGGAUGGAUUUGUGCAAACGCAUGGGCCGGACAAGGCCACCGACCUCUUGAAGGAUGCUGGGCUGCCAAGAGGCAUGAAAGGAAACGACAAGAACUGGACUAUCAUGUUCCUGGAUGAGAUUCUAAGUGUCAACAAGACAGAGGGAAACCCCAUGCGAGUGGCAUUUGACAACUUUGUUCGAGAUUUUCACUUGAACGAAAAACAAACUCCCAAUUGA